GCUCAGCUGCCUCCCCCACUGCUCGCUUACUGCUCCUACAAGAAAGCUUUUACCACCACCACCACCGCCACCCUUUGCUCAAUUGCCCAUUGCUCUCUCCUAGCUGCUACUAGCUCCUAGCUCCAUCUUGGCGCCGGCAAAGACAUACUCAGAUGGCGGCGGCGCGGUCGGCAUUGGCGUCUGCCGGCCGUGCGGCGAACGAGGCCGUCAGCUUCGUGGUGUUCAUGCUGCUGGACGCGCUGGAGGUGCUGCUCUGCCUCGUCUACAAGGUCGCCGACUACGUGGCCGAGGGCGCGUGGCGGCCGUGCUACUGCUCGUCGUCGGCCGUGGCCGCGCCGGGGAAGAUCGUCGUGGCGGAGCGUGGCGGGUCCAAGGUGGUCAGCAUGCUGUCCUCCACCAAGCUGCUCCUGGAGGACAUCUCCGACACGCUGUACACGCGGCCGUCCCUGCUCGCCAGCGCCGCCGGGUCGUCGCCGCCGUCCUUCUCCCGGCGCCGGGAGAACGCGAGGACGUCGGCGUCGGCCACCACGCUCACCGUGCACUCCGCCAUCGUGCAGAUCCUGCGGGGCAAGGCCGGCGCAGGCGACGACGAGCACAAGCCGUACCCCUCGCCGCGUUGGUCCGACUGCCACUGCGCCAACUGCAACCCUGCCGACGCCGACCGCCUCUUCGUCCACGUCGAGGGCCCCCACGACGGCGGCGCCACGGAGGAGGACGUGCUGUUCAUCCACGGGUUCAUAUCGUCGUCCGGGUUCUGGACGGAGACGGUGCUGCCGCACGUGAGCCGGGAGGCGCGUGCUCGGCGGCGGCUGUUUGCGGUGGACCUCCUCGGGUUCGGGCGCAGCCCCAAGCCGGCGGACUCGCUGUACACGCUCCGGGAGCACGUGGAGAUGAUCGAGCGCUCCGUCAUCGAGCGGUACAAGGUCGGGCCGUUCCACAUCGUCGCGCACUCGCUCGGCUCCAUCCUGGCGCUCGCGCUCGCCGUCAAGUACCCCGCCGCCGUCAAGUCCAUCACCCUCGUCGCGCCGCCGUACUUCCCGGUGCCCAAGGGGGAGAUGGGGACGCAGUACGUCCUGCGGGCGGUGGCGCCCCGGCGGGUGUGGCCGGCGAUAGCGUUCGGCGCGUCCGUGGCGUGCUGGUACGAGCACCUCGGCCGCACCGUCAGCAUCGUGCUCUGCAAGCACCACCGCCUCUGGGAGCUCGCCUUCCGCGUCUUCACCUUGUACAGGGUGAGGACAUACCUGAUGGACGGCUUCUUUUGCCACACCCACAUCGCCUCGUGGCACACCCUCCACAACAUCAUCUGCGGCAGCGCCGGCAAGAUCGACAAGUGCCUCGAGACCGUCCGGGACCAGCUCACCUGCGGCGUCACCAUCUACCACGGCGACGACGACGAGCUGCUCCCCGUGGGCUGCAGCUACGCGGUGCAGUCCAAGAUCCCGCGCGCCAACGUCAAGGUGAUCGACGGCAAGGACCAUGUCACCAUCGUCGUCCAGCGCCAGAGGGAGCUCGCCAGGGAGCUGGAGGAGAUCUGGGACACCAAACGGUGAGCCUGAGGCCAUGGAUCGGUGCCAUGCAUAGGGUAAAGAAUGGGAGCGGGGUUUUGGGGUGGCACCUCGGGUUUAGCGGAAUAUAUAUUUGUCUUCGAAGAAGAACAAGGGCUGCAAGUCUGCUGCGAGCAACCACAUUUCUGGAUGCGGCAGGAGGCACAAGUGCCAGGGAAGGUCCCGAGAGUAAAAUGUGAAGAAGGUUACCUCGAUUAGUUUUUCUUUUCCUUCCCAAGCUUUCAUAUUGAAAGGCUGGGAACAAUUAUUGGCUGCUCCUGUGUAUAAUUGUGAUAAGUGCAUGAUGAAUCUCAUUUCGGUUGUAGUAACCCAGUGGACACAGUUACACAGCUGUCCACACACGUCGUCACGGGCUCGCGGCAUAAAACCAUAACCAGUGCACGUCCAUAUAUGGUCAAAGAGUUGUAUGGGCCCACACAUGCAUAAAACUAUAAAGUGCCUGUCUUUUUUUAA